UAAAAACAGCAAAGAAUUGCGCACUCCGGCGCACUCUAUAUUUCAAUGUCAACGACAUUCUUGGAGAAUAUUUUGGAUAUUGUCUAUGGUAAUUUUUUUGCUUGCUGGCGUUUGCGCUUGGCACUGCUUGGCACAUUAUUUUUAAUCUGUGCUUCUGUCAAUACAUACGUCAGAUUUACCAACUGCAUUUCCAUUCCGAAAGAACAAAAACAUUUCAUUCAAAAAUGGCUGCAAAUCGACGGAAGCAGGACGACAAAAAUUUAGAAAUCUUACGUGAACUUAUUUCUUUGAAUGGGAAUAAAUACUGUUUAGAUUGCAACCAAAGAGGGCCAACUUAUGUAAAUACUACAAUUGGUUCGUUUGUGUGUUCAAAAUGUUCGGGAAUGUUGCGUGGUCUUACACCACCUCAUCGUGUAAAGUCAAUAUCAAUGGCCACUUUCACCCCAGAAGAGAUCGAUUUCAUUAAAACUAGAGGCAAUGAUUACUGCAGACGCGUUUGGUUAGGCCUCUACGAGGGUGAAAGUGUGAACUUUACGGACGAACAAAGCGUGAAAGAUUUUAUGUCUGAUAAAUAUGAAAAGAAGCGUUAUUAUUUGGAGCCUCAGUCCAGUGCUGUCUCCAAUGGUAGUUCAUCAUUGAAAAACAGAUCAAAAGCUAAGACUGCUGUCAGCGCGACGAAUGCUUCACCCCUGAUAUCAAUUUCGCCGCAAACUUCCAAGAGUAUGGUUAAUAAUAACACGACUGUGAACUCUGCAAAGAUAGUAAAUAACUUGCUGGCUCCUGUUAGCGAAUCCAACACCAAGUUAGCACGGCCACAUGUCAAUUACCCACAAGCUCUGCUGACUAAUAUGAGUGUUCCAAUCUCUACACCGGCUCCACCAGUACCUGAUUUUCCUGUUGAUUUCUCUACUGCAGACAUUUAUAAUAGCAGUCAAUUUAAUAAUAACUUCAAUAACAAUAAUUUUGCAUCUCAACCGUCAGCAACAACAACUUUCAAUGCAUUCAACCAGCCAACUUCAUCAAACGACCGCUAUGCUGCCUUAGCUGACUUGGAUUUAGCAUUAAGACAGCAAAACAUGAAGCAUAUGGAGGAAAGUAACAAUGUAAAUAAUAAGAAUCCAUUCCAAAGCUCGACAACCAAUGACUUGUUUGCUAACAAAAACCCUUUCUUCAAUGGAGGAUGGAGUACUGCUACACCGGUUUCUGUAAACCCUUUUGUGCCUUCAACAAAUAAUGGUGGAUUUGUCAAUUCCAAGAAUCCAUUUCUGUAACUUGUAAGGAACUGAAGACCCAAGUCAAAAAUCAAAGAACAAAUUAAUGCAACUGAAAGCACAAACACAGCUACAAAGUUUAUUAUUUACAAAUUGUAAAAUAGUCUAUUUAUAUAUUCAGUUUGCCAUAGUUGUAAUCUCCUUAAAUCAUUGUCCCUACUUGUAACUUUAAAGUGCUUAUUAUGGUUGUAAACGAAAGUGCCUCAAUCUGCCUUAACAGAAUAUAGUAGACAGAAAUUUUAAUAUACUAGAUAAAAUAGUAUCUUUGUGUAGAAAAUUUGAAACUGCAUUAGUAUUUUGAAUGAAUUUAUGAGUAGAAAUGGUUUAAAUAUGAAUGUUAUUAUUCAUGCAAAGCUGGUCUUAGCUUUAUACUAAAUUAUGUAUUUAUAUUGUAGUUAGAAUCUUUUAAACAUGCAAAUGCCGUGGUAGUCAAUAAACUGAUGGUCACAUAUUAGAAUACAAAAUUUUAAUGUAAUAAAUAGGCGAAACAUUUUGAGCAAAUAUGCGCUAUCAGUUACGAAAUAUUGUUUGCGUAUCGUGCCUUAAUAGAGGAAGUGAGUCUUAAACGAUUAGUGCGUUUUGAAAUGUCGGUGACUGAGCAUAGCUUGAAUGAAGUCAUCACACCACAUUAUGUAGAUGUUGGUAUGAUAUUGUAAGACAAAUUAGGGUACAAAAAUUAUUUUGUGACUAUUGCUUAUCAAAAGUAACAAUAGUUUGAUCUUAUGAGUAUGACAAAAUAUAACUAUAAUAAGAUAUAUUGACGUCUAAUAAGUAUUCAAAAGUACCUGUGAAUUGAAAAUUCGUGGCCUUAAAACAAAAUAUACGAUUUAUACCCCUGCCAUUUUAAUAUUAAAGAUGGGAGUUCUGUUCUAUUUUAACUACAUUAAUUGUUUGAUUCUUGCAUGGAUCAGAAAGGUCACUUCCAUCAGAUAUAAGUAGGUAACUUAAUAAAUCACAGUCUGCACAAGUUGUGACACGAGUCAUCUUACUAACAAUGCAAUUAUUGUGUAUUUAAGCUUUUAAACUUAUUGUGAUUUGCAGACGCUUCUGACUACUCUGACUAUGUAAUCUGAGCUUUAUAAAAUGUUUAUUAUUCUGUCU